AUGGGGGCGGAUUCGACGCCGGUUUGUCAUCGCCGUGACCACUUGGCAGCAACAGUGACGCGCCAGCGGCGGCAGCUCCCGAGCGAGUGGCGCCGUCUCGGCACACCGGCAGCGUCAUCGUCAUCGUCGUCGCCGGCGGUGGCGGCGGCGGUGGCGGCACGUCCCCGAAGCCGGCGGCCAACAUGCCGGACGGCAAAGGCCGCCCGCGAGCUCCCCGAGGAGCGCGGCCGCUGCGCGACGGACGACGCCCUCCAGAAGGUCGCCGCCGGCGGCGGCACCAAGAUUGGGCCACGACUGCGGGGUGUACAACAGCACCGCUGUCGCACGGAAACCUCAAGCGGAGACCAGGGAGGGUGGGGCCUCAUUCCUGGGGCGAACGCGGAGCUCCGCCCGGAAGCCGACCUGACGUCGAACUGCUUCGACUUCCCGGCAAACAACUUCGACCGCGAGAACUCGAUCAAGGCCGUGAACGGGGGAAACACGCCGUACCUCCCGCUGACGGUGGGGGAGGACGCCGUCGACUUCACCCUGCACGACCUCGAGGGCCGGCGGUGGAACCUCGGGGAGACCCUCGAGCGGACGGGCCUGCCCGUGGUGAUGGUCUGGGGCAUGUUCAUCUGCCCCGGGUUCCAGGGGUACGGGACGUACCCCCCCUGGGACAAGUGCGGCUAUCGUGACGAGUACGACCUGGUGGAGGCGUACGGGGGAAAGGCGACGUUCGUGCACCUCUACGGCCCGGAGCCGCACCCCGCCAUGCCCGGGACAAACUUCGACAUCGGCACGACGUGGCAGGCGUUUUGGUCCGUCUACCCGCAGGCCACCAGCUACGACGAGCGGGCGGCCAUGGCCCAGAGAAUAAACCGCCUGAUCCAUCCAUCUCAGGACAUUCUGGUAGACUACUUGCCGGGAAACCCGUACAGCGAGCUCAUCCAGCCGGUGUGGUGCUCGUACUCGAUGGGGGCGAGGCCGGUGACGGUGGUGUCCCCGGACGGGAAACUGUUCUUCCAGCGGGCAUGGUUCCACUCGGAGCACGUCGGCAGGGCGAUCGACGAGUAUUGGUGCCAGCAGGAGCAGCAGCAGGAGCAGGAGGAGGGGGAGGCCCUGAGGCGGCGGAGCGGAGACAGCCCGCUGCAGGAACGGGAGGGGCUCCGCCAGGAAGAGGGAGGGGGGCUGGGAGGCUUCCGCGGCACCGCAAGCGGGGGAGAGGGACCGCCCCCGGGGGAGAGAGAAGCGGGGGCGAGCGACGCCGCCGGCGACAUGGGGGAGCCUGGCAUCCCGCCGCUGGCGGGAGUGUUAGCGCGGAGGGGCGAAGAGGGUCCCUCCUCCUCCACACCCCCGUGGUAGGCAGAGUACGAGAAGAAUGGCGACAUAUUCGUUGCCGUCAAAGGGAGGUGCGGAGGGAUGGGAGGGUUAAAGGCGGCUGGCUGUCAGGGAGUCGUGCCGACUGACCACUAGCUUUGCGAAAAAAAAAAUGUUACCUGGCUCAUAUUGACGGGUUUUCCUGAGGGCGUGGACAGUUUUCUGGGCGUUGUUGCGGGAGCAAGGACGUUCUGAAGAACCCAUGGUUCAUGUCCGGUAGUGGAGGACUGCUGCUUGCGCCAAGAGAACGGAAAGUUCGAAGCGGGGUUUGUACAGAACAGCAGGAAUGUGAAAAAUGGGGUGGAGGAUGGGGUGUCGGAAUGCUGUGUGCGUUUCCCACGCUUGCUUGAAGUUCCUCUUCACGGCCGCCCCCUCUGGCGUAUGGUGUUUUCCUUUAUGUGGUUGGGGGUGAUGGUUACGUCUGUGAGUUGUUGGUGCCGUGGUUGAGCCUGGCUGUAUAGGAAAAGUAGGGCGGACAAUCAGCUGUUGACAACCGACCGAAUGCCAAGCGUGGGACAUGAGGGCACAGGCGAGCCUGGGCGUGUCAAUUUCCACGGAAAAGCUUCAGGCUUUGGUUGGGUCCCGCAGUUUAGGUGGCUGUGGGAGAUGAAUACACGUGCACGAUUCCAUUC